AUCUCUCAGUGUGUGUGUUCUCAAGUUUUGUGGCGUCACUUUUUGCCUUAUAUUCCGGUUUCUAGAUGCACACCCACAAAACUACAAAUGCCACCCAAUCACAAACCCAAAAUUCUUUAACCGAAUUUAAUCCCCAUUUAAUUAAGACACCCUUUUGACCACCCACUAUUUCUUCCACAAAAGUAAAAUCUUUGCUUCGUCAUCACACUCCUGAAUUUGAUCUCCAUGAUCUCUCUUUCCUCACUAUAAAUACUCAUAUAUAGAAUAUGCUCUGCAACUACAAUCCUUCAGCUAGACCAAGUGUCGAACACCUUGCAAACUCACUUUUCGAUCCAUGCAUUCUUCAAGAAACUCAAAAUUUUCGAUCAUUUCUUCAUCUGGGUAGUUUUAUUUUACGUGUUUGUAUUCGAAUGUCGAAAAUGGCGGCUCCGAGAUCAUCAUCUGGAUCAAACCCAGGUUCUGAUCAGUGUUCUAACCAAGAAAUCAGCAUGAACAAAUCUGAGCCGUUGAUUCCCGGAUUGCCGGACGAGGUUGCCGAGCUCUGCCUGCUCUAUCUUCCCUAUCCGUACCAAGCUUUGGUGCGUUCGGUUUCUGCUUCAUGGAACAGAGCCAUUACAGGCCCUAGCUUUGUUCUUUGCAAGAAGUCUUUGUCUUUGCCUUUGCCUUAUCUUUUCGUUUUGGCCUUCAACAAAUCAACGGCCAGGAUCCAGUGGCAAGCGCUGGACCCACGAUCUGGCCGUUGGUUUGUUUUGCCUCCCAUGCCGUGUGCCAAGGCCGCUUGCCCGCCGGGGUUUGCUUGCGCUUCCCUGCCACGUGAGGGGACGCUCGUUGUAGCGGGCGGCGUGCGGUCGGACACAGAAUGUUCUAUGGAAACAACCUUUGUGUAUCGAACAUCUACAAAUCAAUGGUUGACAGCCGCUCCAAUGCGGACCCCACGGUCAUUUUUCGACGCUGGAAAUAUCAACGGAAAGAUCUUGGCCGUCGGAGGCGGCAAGGAUCACUAUGGCAGCUCGAUCACGGCCGUGGACUGUUACGAUCCUAAAAAAGACACGUGGGAGGCAUAUGCCCCUCUGCCUGGUGGACUGGCCAAGUAUGAUUCCAAUGUGGUGGGCAACAAGAUGUACGUGACCGAGGGGUGGACGUGGCCGUUUAUGUACUCACCACGUGGCGUGGUCUACGACCCUGACGAUAACACGUGGCAAGAGAUGAGGCCGGGAAUGAGGGACGGGUGGACGGGCGUGAGCGUGGUCGUGGGUGGCAGGCUGUUGGUGAUAUCGGAGUACGGGGAUUGUCUGAUGAAGGCGUACGACCCUGAUAAGGACACGUGGCGGUACGUGGGUGGGGACAGGUUCCCAUGUGAGGCACUGAGACGCCCCUUCGCUGCGAGCGGGGUGGAAGGGAACAUAUAUGUGGUGGCAUGUGGGUUGAAUGUGGGCGUAGGAUGGCUGUCCGAGUGUGAAGCAGAGCUAAAAGUUGAGUGGCAGCUCCUGCCAGCUCCAAGUGCUUUUAGGGGUUUUUCUCCUUCUAGUUGUCAAGUGCUUUUUGCCUAAAUUAUUGAGUUGUUGUUCAAUUAUAUCUGCUUUUGGCUUUGUUAGGCAAUUUCUCAAUUAAACUUGUGGGCAAAUCCAACUUUUCUAAAAUUGUUUGGUUAGAAUAUUGUUCUACAGCUAGGCCUAAUAUUUGCUUUGCUCUUCCACAUAGACAUGGAAGCACUUUCGUAGCUUUGUUUUAACACUUUCAUUGACCCAAAUUACUAUAAUCUAACCAAUUAUUAACUUA